UGACAAUAGUCACUAUCACGCGGUAAUUUAAAUUUGCAGAUACACUUUCAGCAUGAGCUCCUUGAGCGACAAGAGCGCGUUAGUGCUGGAGCUGGGGGCACGUUAUGCGCGCUGCGGCGUCUCUGGGGAGCGAACGCCUCGGUGUGUGGAGAGAUGGCAGGUGGGGGAAAUGCUUCAGAAACCGCUGAGCGCAGCCGAGUGGCGCCAAUAUCUGUACCCGAAGCUACACUGUUUGUGUUUUGAGUGGGUGUGGUGCAUACUCUAUUGAAUGUAUUCCGUAGAUGACUUAUACGGCAAACAACAGGCGGCUGCUGGUGAAUCCGGCGCGACGGCGCUUUGUGGUGUGCGAGGAUCUGCUGCUGCCGCGUGUGUUUCGAGAGACACUGCUCAACAUCCUCUUCGAUGUCCUUCAGGUUUCGGCGGUAACGCUGGUGCCGUCGAUGAUGGCGGUUCUGUACGCUACGGCCAAUCACACCGCGUUGGUGGUGGACUGCGGCUGGGCUGAGGCGAGAUUGUUGCCUGUGUUUAAAGGGGUUCCUCUGCCGUAUCUUUAUGAGACUGUCCCUGUUGGCAGUCGGAAUUGCUGCGAAGUUAUUCAACGAGAGCUAAAUUCAUCUCGCGACCAGCCGAUGGACAGUUCGAAGAUUGUCACGCCGGUGACUGAAGCAAUGGCAGAGGAUAUUCUCGAGCGAGCCUGCUUUGCCCAACAAAAGGAUCCAUUGCCCAACAUUGUUUACGCUGAGUUUCAGACAGACGACGACGACGUACUAAAGGUUCCUGGAAAUCUUCGCACUGAUGCAGUGGAACAGCUACUUCUUGGUGACGAAGGCACGGAUGGGACAUCCAUUGUUGACGGCAUCGUCCAGGUUUUGAAGAAGGCCCCACUUGAUGUGAGAGCGGCAAUGCUGGAAAAUGUACUCUUGGUUGGAGGAACUGCAAUGAUUCCUGGCUUGGCACAACGCGUGGUGGAUGAAGUGCGUGAGGCUUUGCACCACGACAACGAAUUUGCUUCUGCUUCAGCUGCUGUCGAUCGAGCCCAGCUCGUUCAGACCUACUUCCCUCGGAACAUGCUUGCAUGGGUCGGUGGCUCAGUUUAUGCUGCCACGGAAAGCGCUCGUGUCUCGGCUAUUUCGUCGCAAGAAUACAAUAGUUCCAAAGGUACCAGUGUCCCUGAUUGGCUCACUGUCGCUGAUGAGGAGUUCUAGACUUGCUGGUGAGUAAAUGUUACUGCAGUAUCAACAUAACCAGAAGAGGUACAAAUUUGAUGGUCAAGCUAGUAUUUUCUUCAUUCAUAAGCUCUGCGAUCUAG